AUGGCUAUCAUUCGAAUCACCACCCCGCCACCGUCCUACCGCAGACACGACCCCAACCCUCCACCAUCAUACCGCUUCGUCGAAGAACCACUACCAACACCGCUACUGCACUUGGCGUUUCCAGAAGCAGCCCAGCUAGUCACGCUCCACCGUUACGACAUCAAUGUUCGACAGACAACGCAAGUCAACGACCUGGAGGCCGCCACGACAUCGGUCUUCGGUUCAUCAGACCAGCCCGCGAUCCUACAGGACUGGAGAGAGGGUGUGCGAAAGUUGGUGAUGAAAUGGCAGGGGGCAAUUGUUUGGGCUUUGCUUGUUCUGCUGGCGAUUGGGCUCUGGGCUUAUGCGCGCAAGAGGAAUCUUGAGGAGUAA